ACGCGUGUUUUGUAAUAUUCGGACACCUUCAGUUUCGCCAAUGCUCAAAUCCGGACCAAACAGUUGAAUUGAAUAAAACAUUUAUGGAAGAAAAGGUUUUCUCCGCCUCUUCACUAACGGAAAGACUACGUUUAAUUAUAAAUAAAGUAAAGUAAGCAAACAGCGCUUAAUCGGCCGUGACCGACGUCAACGCAGCAAACAAUGAGAAGCUGAAAUGUCUGACUUCACAGAGCCGUUUUCAACUCCUCCCCGGCUGCAAGCGGCCACUCUCGCCGGUCGUUUCAUGCAGCCGCAGUCCAUGUCGAACGCACCUACUGUUUGAGCUAACCGUGCUGUGUUUGCGACACAAGCAUCGACGCGUCAGUUAGUGCCACACGUCCCAACCCGAGGAAGUAGAUAGGUGCUGCCUUUUUGUUGCAGCUAGGCGACUUGAGAAAGUUAGUUAAUCCAUUAAAAAACUAAAUUAAUCUGACCGCUAAUUAUUCCAGUUUUAGUGUCGUGCUUGCAUACUUACAGGAACAUUGCGAAGUGUGCGAUCAAAGCGGACCAAAGCUAACGUUAGCUAACCAGUUAUAGUAGCCUACUCGGUUAUGUCUGCAAAUGCUGAUUGUGGGAGUGUAGGUCCAUCACUUUGUAAAUUGGACAACUUGCAUCAGCAAGUCCUUGCCUCCUUUCCGAUGUGCCAGAUGAUACAGGAAGACUUGACCCAGAAUCCACGAUUCAGCAAGCUCCUGGCAAUGCUGUCACAGCAAGUGGAAUGCCAUGGUCUGACUCUCAAACUGGAGAAAGAGUUGGAAAUGGCUGAGAGAGACCUGCAGACACAGAGGCUGAGGUGGCUGUGCUCAGAGAGCCUGCACAGGCUACUGCGAGAAAUGGUCCUUGAGCACUGUGUCAGAAAGCACCUCUACAAUGUCCCAACUGAGGAUGACAUGUUCUAUAAGACAAUGGAGCAUAAUUUGCUGGUUGGUCAGUGUGUCAUGCAGCUGGACCUUAGUGAUUAUUUUAAGCAGGACUCACCCCCACUGCUAGGACUGGACGCCCAGCAGAUUUUAGACCUUGCAUCUACACAGAAGGAUUUGUUGAAAACAAGGCAAAGACUGCCCAGAGAACUGGAGAAGCAUCUCCUUAAGAAGUGUUUCAGCCUUCUGUCCUACUAUCACCCUGGGGAAGAUGAGAGAGAAGGAGUAAAGAACAUGAAGCUGUUACGUCUUUCUGGGCAGCUGGAUGGCAAGAUAAAGAGAGUAGUGUGUUUGAAAGAGAAGAGCUAUGAGAGCGCAGCCCUACUGCAACAGGAGACGUGCUGCUAUAUCUCUGAGCUGUUUGGGUGCAUCCAGAUUCUGCAAUCUCUGAUCCUGGACCACAGGUUGAAAGCACAGAAGGAAAUAGAUAAGAAUAAGAUUGAAUACUUUGAAGCCAAAUGUGAGAUUGUCAUCCAGAAGAUCCGAGCAGAGAUGAUGGAGAUUCAGUUGGACACAUACACCGAAGACACAAUAUCAGCCCACAGAAAAAUCACAGAGAAGCUGGAAGCAAAGCUGAAGGCCUCCCAGGGAGAGAAACAUGCUGUAGACUCAAUGUUGUCUUCCUUUGAAUUCUUCGGCAAAGAAUUUGAAGUUUUGGCAGAGGAGUACUCUAGACUGCGCCAGGAGAUAGACACCAAGAAUUGGGCUUUAAAAGAAUUUUCCUACCCCACAAACUAGGUGACUGACAAUUGACAACAACUUGCCAAACGCCUGUUUAGAGCUCAGACCCAAGCAUCAAUUUAUUCACAGAAAAGGAGAAGCAGUGAAAGCUGUUGUAGGCUAAUUAAAGAAGUGUUACUAAUUUAAUUAGAGUUCACCCUACAAAUUCAUCAACACAAUUGAUUCUCAAUUUGGCAAAAUAUUUCCUUGAGCAGUUAAGCUUAUAGUAUGUAGAUUCCAUACAGUAUGCCAGUCAUUUUGUAGUUCAGUAAACUUUACACAUUCAAAUCAAAGAUUUAAAACUGUACUGAUGAAAUGCAUGCAUUGACCCCCUCAAUAAUUUUGUAUAAAUUGUUUGGAAUAUCUCAUUCAAAUUGGUACCGGAUAUGAGUUUAAAUAAAUCUGAAUUAAAUCAAAAUGUGAGGUUUGACAUUCCAAGACAAAAGAGCGACUCUCCCUUUAUUUUUUAUUUUUUUAUUUUAUUACAUCUCAGAACUGUGGAUUAUCAGCAAAAAGUGCAGUUACAAAUUUAAGCAUCUCUGAAUUAACAAAUAAAUCUCUCAAAAUGG